AUGUUGCAAGCGGAAGUAAACUCGGAUGACAAGGCGCGUGGUUGCCUCAAUAAGGCCCUGGAGCUCAAGAAGGAGAAAAAGUUUCUGGAUGCUAUUGAUGCUUUGCAUUCCCUGUCGGAUAACAAGGUGCGUUAUGGUCCUAUGUAUAAAGAGGCUGUGAGUCUCCUCAUUGAGUUGUGUCUCAGUCAAGCGCACGGUGUGAAGGUUGAUCUCCUGUUCCCCGCCUUCCGCUGGAAUAACAGGAAAGUAAGCGGCAAUCAGCACCUUGAAGAUGGCACACGACAUAUCGUUAACACGACAUUGGAUCACCUCGAUAAGCGGUGCAAAUGGGCCUAUGAUAAGGUUGAUGAAACUAAAGCUAAGCGCAGUGAGUGCGACUUAAUACUUUCCUCCCUCUCUGGCAUUUCCAUCGAUCAGCGGGUAAAGGAUUUGUACCUCGUUCCGGCGGAGAAAAUUGUGGGAGAGGUUGCUAGAGAAAUGUUGACCUUCAAUGUGAUUGGGCACUCCGGGAAGCUUCUCCCCAUUUACCUUGAAACCACAGAGAAGUUGAUUGAACUCUGCAGGACGUACAAGUUCAGGGCAGCCAUCGGCCAUGUGGCGGACAGCUUCGUGCGUUUCUUCUUGAGGUUUCUGUUAUACCCUAUACGGCCAAAAACAAACAAGGCGUACUCGACCAGGGCAGCCGAUGCCCUAAAGAUUGACCGCGAGAGCUUCCACAGAGACGUGACCGCAGCACAGAAAACCGUGAGUGUAUUUUGCCAACUCCUCGAAGCGUUGAUUGCUGUGAGCAAUUGGCAGGGAGCGUGGAGAACCCUAGAGUGCUUCACAAAGGUGCUGGCCAAAACAAAGCAACAUGAGGAUUUCCGGAAAAGUCAGAGUGACGCUUAUCUUGUGAUGGCUACACUCUUCUGGGAGUGCUCCUGCUACUCAUUCCAUGCUCACUGCUUACUCUCUGCCGCAUUUCUAGCUGAUGAUGAGCGUAAGGAGUCGCUGUUGUCGAGGGCGGUCCUCGCUGCUCUCUGUGUUCCGAACAUCAAAGGAAGAGAGAGUUUUGCCCGCGGUUCUGACUCUUUUUUUCAGAAGAAUGAGCAAAUUGCAAAGUUACUUGACCUCAAAGAGGCUCCGUCGCGGAACUUCUUAGUGCAGCGUAUGCAACAAAUGCAGCUGCUUCAGGCCGCCCCUAAGGGUGUAGUUGCCGUUGUGGAGCUACUGCGAAAUGAGGUAUUUGAUGGUGAGGCUUCCAGCAGGGCCAUUGCACAAGUAUCGCAGGUUGUCCAGAAGGACCAAAGCCUUGAGAAGUAUCAACAGCCGCUUCGCAAGGUAGUGAUGAAGCGCUUUUUGGAGUACAUGGCCACGAAGGUGACGCGGGUGGAGGCGUCGUCGCUUCGGAUAUGGGAGAGUGAGCAAUCAGAGGGUGCCUACGUGAACGAAAUUGAACCGUACAUUUUACACGAGUCGGGAAUCACUGUAGAGAUUGAUCACAAAACAAAUUCUAUUACCUUCAGCAACGCCACGAAAAUAAAGGUACUCGAGGCGUUUGACACUUUGGCCCAACAUGUGCAACUCCAACCAGCUGCGUCACGCCGGAAGCUGGACAUUAAACCUGAUCAUCUCCGCCUCGUCCACGAACGUACCAGAAAUCUUUACAACCAGCAGCAGAGUUGCGAGGAAGCUGCCGAGCAGCGUAGGAAGGACGCCAAAUUAAGGGAGAGGGAGAAACGCUCUAAGGAGAGGGCCGAACGUAUAGAGAACGAAAAGAAAAAGAAAGAGGCAGCUGACCUCGCUAAGGAAUCGCAGGGCAUUGCAAAGUACAACGAAUACGUUAAUCAAGAGAGGCGGAAGUUGCUGCUGCGCCGUCUUCGCGAGAAGUACAAGGGGUUCCUCAUCAAGGAUAUUAUCGCUCAGAAGAAUUCUAACGAUUUCGUGCAGGAGGUAACGAAGCUUUUGGCUGACCACCUAAAGAUCACCACACAGGAAAAGGCUGCGGACGUGACUAGGAUGAAUCACUUUGAACGGGCGUGCCGAGAACUGGAGAUCCCCAGGCGGAGGACCAUCGAAGAAGAGGAGGCGGAUAAGCACAAGGCGGAGCGGGCUGCCGCGCGGGAGAACUUUCUUGCCCAGCAUCGCAAUGAAUUCGAGAAGCGACAGCAGGAUAAUCAGCUACUCAGGAAGUUCUUGAAGGAGGCAGCUUCCUUUCAGCAGCAAAUGCCUACGAAAGGUAAAGUAUCUAAGCGUGAUGAACAACAAAUGCUUCUGGAAAUGGAGAAAGAGCGCCUACAAGGGAAGUAG